UCGCUCGUGGCCGGACCCCACUUUUGUUCAUCCAUACAUCCUCUACACGUCUACCCCCAGCCCUUUGAGAAGCAUCAAAUGGUUGAAAGUGAAUUCGUCGGAUUCCCAACGGUGGGACAAUAUCGAGUAUUGCAAUUUAUCCCGUAUGCCUUGGAAGCAGUUGCAUUAUUCCUCUUCACAAUAGUAAUCUCCUCUGUCGAUGCUUCUACUGUAUAUGGCCAACAAGUCAUCUCGACUAAGCACGAGGCACCAGUAAUUGUGACUUCUUUCCACGUUGGGCUGGGACUUCUGGAUGCUACGUCGCAUAAUUGA